AUGCGGGCACGUAAAUGCUGUAUUUUGGAGCAAGUGAGCUGGUACUACUACUACACAUGUGGUUCUGCACUCACCGAUAUGGUGCGCUGUUAUGCACUCAUCGAAGUAAUCCUCGGUACAUACAUUGCAAAAACUCUGAACCUCGUCAAAAACUUUAAACAAUAUUUAGAAAUUCCAACAUCGAUGUUCAUAUGUUACGUGUUGGUAUGGUUUACGCGGGGCGGUAUCGGGAGCGCGCGACAAGCGGCCGCUCUGGAGCUCUCCCGCCGUUACACUGAAACCCCUAGCUCGACUGAAACCGAAACAUUAGGGAGUCGGUGCAUUUCGUACGACGACCCGUCUAAGAUUAACUGGCGAAGUAUUAGUCAGAUUUUCCUUCGAAAAUACGUUUCGUUCACGCCAUGUUUAUUUGCACGUGUUAAAGAAUGUUGCACACGGUGGAUGCGUCGUAAAGUACCUGCAAUGCAGAACGCAUUUUUGAAAAAACAUCAAUUCCACCUGACAGUAGAAAGUACUCGUAGAAGGGUUAAGGCGAAAGACAGUGUCAGACACUUACUAACGAAAAACUCCCCCGUUCCUUCUCCUGCUGACUCAUUGCGCUUAACCCGGUUGAACAUCAGCUCUAUAGGGUCCCGUCAGUGGUGGUCUAUUGGCCCAUUGAAGCGCGCGCGGAAGGCUACGCGCCGCACGCUCGGGUCUGGUUCUGGUCGGGCAGCGAGCUACCCUCACUCGCCGUCCGAAAACCCGCGCAAAACAUUAACCCUAACGUGCUGUCCUGCCAAGUGUGGUGCCAACUUUAACUUAAAGCCGGCAACGCACCUGGCAGGAUCAGGCCCGAGCGUACGGCGCGUAGCGUUCCGCGCGCGCCUCAAAGAGCCAAUAGACCACCACAGACGGGGCCCUAAAGGGCUGAUGUUCAGCCGGGGUUGCGGGGUAAGCGCAAUGAGGUACCGCGACCUCGGCACAGAGCAGGAGAAGGAACAGGGGGGUUUUUAG